AUGACCUCUUCGACUGCAGUCGUAGAACUUGGCUUCGCAGAGCCACCAGAAAGUCCUCUUGUAGCUAAAAAUUUUCCAAAUAAAAUUGGAGGAAAACCGUAUAUCCUAUCAGCGGACCAAGUUCGUUGUGAAGUUUGUCGUAAACCGAUGAUACUUUUGGUUCAACUAUACACUCCUGAAGACAAUCCACCCGAAGCAUUUCAUCGUACAAUUUACGUAUUUUGCUGCAAGGAUGGGUCAUGUCACGAAAUUUCUUGGGAGAAAAGGUUAACUACCAUAAAUCGCACUUUAUUUCGGAGUCAAUUACCUAAAAAUAAUCCCUAUUGGCAAGAAAAUGAAUCUGAUAAAACUUUCAUACCCGCCAAACAAUGCACGGUUUGCGGGUUUCUUGGAUCGAAAAUGUGCGGAAAAUGCAAUCAAGUUAAUUAUUGUUCAAAAGAACAUCAAGUUCAUCAUUGGACCUUGGGACAACAUAAAAUCCAUUGCAAUACAAUGUCAAAACCACCAUCUUUACAAAUUAUUGCGGAACAUGAUAAUCAUUGUAGAAAAUUGGUUUUAUUCCCGGAAUUUGAAGUAGUUACAGAACAAGAAGGGAAUUCAGAUGAAGAAGACCAAAGAGAUGGUGAUGGUAAUGAUGAUAAUUCUUUAAAUGAUGUUAAUUCUAAGGCACUUGUACCUGUUGGGGAUGAAGUUUAUGAGAAUACUAAAGUGGAUGUCGAUAAAGCAUUUUUAAAAUUUCAAAAGAGAAUCGAACAAUAUCCCGAUCAGAUUUUAAGAUACAAUCGACUUGAAUAUGGAUGCGAAAAAAAUGCGGAACCUUUAUGGGUUAGCAAUAUUGGAAAACCAACUGAAAAAGAUAUACCUUCAUGUCCACAUUGUGGACAAGAAAGAACUUUUGAAUUUCAGAUCUUGUCUACACUACUUAAUUAUCUCGAAAUUGAUCAUUUGCAACGAAGUUCACUUGAUUGGGGUACAUUGCUUAUAUAUAGCUGUAAAGAUAACUGUCAUGUAGAGAAUAUGUAUUACGUUAAUGAAAUUUUAUGGAGACAAGAUUUUAGUGAGGAAGGUGUUAAAGGUUUAAGAUAA